AUGGAGACCAGGGAGGACAAAUCCCCACGGCAGAACCUGGUGGAAGAGAAGCCCUACAAGUGUUUGGAGUGUGGAAAGAGCUUCUGGACGAGCAGCGAACUGAUCUGCCACCAGAUGAUUCACACUGGGGAAUGGGCCUACGAGUGUGGGGAAUGUGGGAAGGGCUUCAGCUGCAGAUCCAACCUCCUCACCCACCAACGCAUCCACACCGGUGAGAGGCCCUACGAGUGCCCCACAUGUGGGAAGAGGUUUCACACCAGCUCCAAUCUCUGCCAGCAUGAGCGGAUCCACACGGAUGAGAGGCCCUUUCUCUGCCCCGACUGCGGGAAGGGCUUCAAUCAAAACUCCAACCUCAUCACCCACCGACGCAUCCACACUGGGGAGAGGCCGUACGAGUGUCCCCAGUGUGGGAUGACCUUCACCUGUAGCUCUGCCUUGACCCAACACCAACAGAGGCACUGGUAA